GUAAUAUCCCCUCACCGUCGUCCACUCCGAAAUCAAUACUCAUCUGACCUCCGAUCUAGGGUUUGGCAGUUAGUCACCAUGUACCGCUCGGCAGCUUUACGAGCUAAAUCCCUCAAGGGCGGUGUUACCCGCAAUUUGCGGGCAGCACGCUAUGCGAGCUCGAGUGCUGUUUCUACAAGUUCUUCGUCAGGGGGAUUGUUCAGCUGGUUGACCGGUGAAACGUCUAGCAUGCUUCCUUCGAUGUACAUCCCACUGAAGGGCGUGUCUCUUCCCCCACCGCUUGCCGACCAUGUUGAGCCAAGCAAACUUGAAGUCACUACUCUUCCAAAUGGGCUAAAAGUAGCCUCAGAGGUGUCACCAAAUCCGGCAGCCUCCAUUGGUUUAUACGUUAAUUGCGGUUCUAUUUAUGAGACACCUUAUUCUCAUGGAGCCACACACUUGCUUGAAAGGAUGGCUUUCAAGAGCACGUUGAACAGAAGCCAUCUUCGUCUUGUAAGGGAAGUAGAGGCUAUUGGAGGCAACACGUCGGCCUCUGCAUCCCGGGAGCAGAUGGGAUAUACUAUUGAUGCCUUGAAAACCUAUGUGCCUGAAAUGGUGGAAGUACUUGUUGACAGUGUCAGGAACCCUGCGUUCUUGGAUUGGGAAGUGAAUGAAGAGCUACAAAAGGUGAAAUCUGAGAUCGGGGAACUGUCCAAAAACCCUAUGGGGUUUCUCAUGGAAGCAGUUCACUCUGCUGGCUAUUCGGGUGCAUUGGCAAAUCCACUGUAUGCCCCUGAGUCCGCAUUAAACAGAUUGAAUGGGGAUGUUCUGGAGGAAUUUGUCGCUGAGAACUUCACUGCUGCACAAAUGGUACUCGCAGCAAGCGGAGUUGAUCAUCAGGAACUUUUACGAGUUGCUGAGCCGCUACUUUCUGACCUUCCUAAAGUAGCCUGCCCAGGGGAACCAAAAUCUCAAUAUGUCGGUGGAGACUUUCGCCAACAUACUGGUGGAGAGGCCACUCACUUUGCCCUUGCUUUUGAAGUACCCGGCUGGUUUAACGAGAAAGAAGCCGUCACUGCAACUGUUCUUCAGAUGCUGAUGGGAGGAGGUGGCUCAUUCUCUGCUGGAGGGCCUGGGAAAGGGAUGCACUCGUGGCUGUAUCUUCGCGUCUUGAAUGAAUAUCAGCAGGUUCAAUCUUGCACUGCAUUCUCUAGCAUCUUUAACAACACUGGAUUGUUUGGCAUCUAUGGUUGUUCGAGUCCCGAGUUUGCUGCAAAAGCUGUUGAAGUAGGAGCAAAUGAACUGAAAGAUGUUGCGGGAGGAAAAGUUAACCAGAAGCAUCUUAAUCGCGCUAAGGCGGCCACAAAAUCUGCCGUUCUGAUGAAUCUGGAAUCCCGGAUGAUUGCAGCAGAAGACAUAGGCAGACAGAUACUGACAUAUGGGGAGAGGAAGCCAGUGGAGCAAUUCUUGAAGACAGUAGACCAACUCACCCUUACGGACAUUGCAGACUUCACCAGCAAGGUUAUCGCAAAGCCUUUGACAAUGGCAUCUUUCGGAGACGUGAUGAAUGUCCCGAGCUACGAUACCGUAAGCAGGAAAUUCUCUUAAUUCAGCAGCAACACAGAUCUUCUUUCUUUUCGAUGGUCACCCAUCAACAGGAGGAGUAAUGGUAAUGGCUAAUGGGACUUUGUAAAAUGGAAAGCCCCUUUGGAGAGCCGACCAUUUUUUCACUCCUCAGAGCCGAUUCCGAGUCUACAUUUUUUUUUACGUAUCUCUUCUCGUCCAUAGCGUUUGGUACGUGAAUGAUGAGCGUACGGUACGUUUACUAACAUUUUACUUUUACUUAUUGUUUCCAAGCUUUUUUUUUUCCCCUUAACAUGAAAUGAUUCUCUGUUCCUCACCUUAUUGCAACUGUGAAUGUGAACCAAUUCGAAUCGUUUUCAUUA